UAAAGAGGGAGUGCCAGGACAAAGGGCGCGUUUAUUGCCUAGCGCAACAGCUACAUCAAUUCCUAUGACGCUGUAGUUCAUACUUAUGUACAGUCAGAAAAAGUACUGUACGAAGAUGUUCACACUGCUUCUUGUCAGCGCUGGUCUCAUCGCACUUUAUGUACUUCGUAAUUGGUAUCUCAAACGACCAAGAUGUAAAAGCAAUGCCAACUUACAUGGGAAAACUGUAAUCGUCACUGGAUCUAACACAGGCAUUGGGAAAACAACAGCAAUAGAUCUGUCCAGAAGAGGUGCGAGGGUUAUAAUGGCCUGCCGAGAUAAGCAGAGGGCAGAAGCUGCCAUCAGUGACAUCAAGAAGGAGACUGGGAACAAUGAGGUUGUGUUCAUGGAGCUGGACCUUGGAAGCCUACAGUCUGUGCGAUCUUUUGCUGAGACCUUCCUGAAGUCUGAAUUUAGACUCGAUAUUCUUGUCAACAACGCUGGGCUUAUGAAAGGUGGCAAGACAAAGAAUGGCGUGGGAAUGAUCUUUGGCGUUAAUCACCUCGGCCACUUCCUGUUAACUGUGCUGCUGCUGGACCGUCUGAAGGAAUGCGGUCCGAGUCGAGUGGUGACUGUCGCCUCCAAAGCUCAUGAGUAUGGCAAAAUCGAUUUUAACUGCCUGAGUACCCACAAAGACCUGGCUGUUGGAGAAUCUGAAUGGGCUUUGUUUAAGAAGUAUAGUCAUAGCAAGCUGUGUAAUAUGCUCUUCACACACGAGCUUGCCAAAAGACUGGAGGGAACAAAUGUCACCUGCUACAGCUUGUGUCCAGGAGCAGUCAAGACUGAAAUAGGCCGGUAUUCAAGCUUCUUGUGGUGUAUGAUGUCGGCACCUAUCCUUUCGCUCUUCUAUAUGGACGCAGAAUCUGGGGCCCAGACUACACUCUACUGUGCCCUCCAGGAGGGUAUAGAGCCUCUGAGUGGAUGCUACUUCUCUUGCUGUGCAGUACAGAAGGUGAAUGCCGGCGCCAAAGAUGACGCUGUGGCUAAAAAAUUGUGGGAAGUCAGUGAGACACUUUGUGGCAUGUCUUAAUGCAAACACAGAGACCCUGCUUUUCACUGUAUUUAUUAGGGCCAAAACCCUGGUGGGACAAUCCUGAAAAUGUGUUGCUUUUCCUGAUAAUUCUUAACAGAGAUGUAUUCAAGUCCAAUUAAAUGCUGGAAAUCUGUUCCAUUCCGUUACUCUUAAGUGUGGCAGUGGGUGAAAAGUCAAAGUUAUACUGAAAAGAUUAAAUCGAUUGAUUGAAUAUUGAAUAAUAAAAAAAAGCUAGGCAUAUCCUC